CUCAUCUCUGUAAAUAGUCAUGGAAACGCCCUGUGAUAAAUCGCGCAAAAUCGCGUACUUUCACGAUCCGUGGGUGAGUUGCCCGUUCUUUCGUUUGGUCAGACUAGUGCACAUUUUCUAACCUCUUUUCUUUGUACCGGCAACCAAGUAUCGUUGGUUACUCCGAUAUUACAUUAUUCACUCUUUUCUGACCGAGCAAAAUGAUAUCGUUACUCAGUGUAAGAUAUCCUGGCAGCAUUUAAUAUAAAGAAUGCUUUUGACAUAACCUUCGGACCAUAAAUAACUAAAAUGAUCGCGUAGCAAUGACGAAUGUUUGUCGCGGUAUGCUCAAAAGUUACGCAUACAAGUUGAUGAAUUUUUGGGGAACUCUCAUAAAGUAUGGAUGCGUGGCACAUUGCAUCAGCGAGUAUAUUGGAGACUUUGUUGUGUGUACAGGUCCAUCGAUGGAGCCAACGAUACGCAGUAAUGAUAUCUUGCUAACGGAGCAUAUAUCCACGCAAUUUCAAACCAUUAAUAAGGGCGAUAUAAUUAUUACAAAGUGUCCUACAAAUCCACGAGAGCACAUCUGUAAACGAGUUAUCGCUCUGCCAGGAGAUAAAGUGCGAUAUGACAUUGUUACUCAUAUUGUUCCAUUGGGUCAUGUAUGGGUAGAGGGCGACAACAAAGAUAAUUCGUCCGAUUCUCGUAGUUAUGGCCCAAUACCUCAAGGAUUAAUACGAGGUCGCGCCGUUUGUAGAGUAUGGCCAUUUACAAACAUUGCUUUUCCCGCAAAAUGACGUUAAAUAUAUGUAUAGAAAAGUAGCUUCGAUUAAAUAACCCGCAUAGCCUUGUGUCUUAUAUGUA